GCGCAGUUACCAGGCAGCGAGGUAGACUGAGGCUAGGUACCACGUCAGUGAGCUGACAGGCAGGGUAGCCGGCUCUGCCGCGAGUCCGGGCCGACUCAAUCCGGCCAGCAGUGCGUCCCCACCUUAACUUCAGCAUCAAUUUCCAGAAAAGCGGCUUCUCCCAUCUGCCUUCAGAGCCAAGGAGCCUCUGGGAGACGUCUCCGGGGCCCAAGCUGGACAUGAGCAGCGGCUGCCGGUCCUGGGACUAGGCCCCGCCAUUUUGAAUCCGCUGACAGGUUUGCCAGGAUGGUGGAUAAGAAUAUUUACAUCAUUCAAGGGGAGAUUAACAUUGUGGUUGGAGCUAUCAAACGAAAUGCCCGAUGGAGCACCCAUAUACCACUGGAUGAAGAGCGGGAUCCUCUGCUGCAUAGUUUCAGUCAUCUAAAGGAAGUUUUAAACAGUAUAACAGAACUCUCAGAGAUUGAGCCAAAUGUAUUCCUUCGUCCAUUUCUGGAAGUAAUUCGCUCUGAAGAUACCACUGGCCCUAUCACUGGCCUGGCACUCACCUCUGUAAACAAGUUCCUGUCCUAUGCACUCAUAGAUCCCACUCAUGAGGGCACAGCUGAGGGCAUGGAGAACAUGGCAGAUGCCGUCACCCAUGCCCGUUUUGUGGGCACAGAUCCUGCUAGUGAUGAGGUUGUUCUGAUGAAAAUCCUUCAGGUUCUCCGGACUCUAUUGCUAACUCCAGUAGGUUCCCACCUGACUAAUGAAUCUGUAUGUGAGAUUAUGCAGUCUUGCUUUCGGAUCUGCUUUGAAAUGAGGCUCAGUGAGUUAUUGAGAAAAUCCGCAGAGCACACUCUCGUAGACAUGGUGCAGCUGCUCUUCACAAGGUUACCUCAGUUUAAAGAAGAACCUAAGAGCUAUGUGGGGACCAACAUGAAAAAGCUGAAAAUGAGAGCAGGAGGAAUGAGUGAUUCAUCCAAAUGGAAGAAACAGAAGAGAUCUCCCCGACCUCCACGUCAUAUGACCAAAGUCACACCAAGUUCCGAGUCCACUCCAAAUGGAGCCACCUUAUCCUCUAACCUCACUGGUGGCAUGCCCUUCAUCGAUGUGCCCACACCCAUCUCCUCUGCAAGUUCAGAAGCUGCCUCAGCAGUGGUCAGCCCCUCUACAGACAGUGGUGUGGAAUUCUCAUCCCAGACCACCUCCAAGGAGGAUCUCACUGACCUGGAGCAACCUGUUUCUCCAAGGGAAAGCACAGCUGCAGAGCCUGGGAGCGCUGAGCUAGGGGUUUCUGAUCAGCCUGACCCCCAGGAAGGGGCUCACGUGGAAAAAGCCCAGUCAGCAUCAGUGGAAUCCAUCCCUGAAGUGUUAGAGGAGUGCACAUCCCCUGCUGAUCACUCUGACUCUGCCUCAGUCCAUGACAUGGAUUAUGUCAACCCCCGGGGUGUACGCUUUACACAGUCCUCCCAGAAAGAAGGCACAGCUCUGGUACCUUAUGGUCUUCCCUGUAUCCGUGAGCUCUUCCGCUUCCUUAUCUCCCUCACCAACCCACAUGACCGCCACAACUCAGAGGUUAUGAUCCACAUGGGACUGCAUUUACUGACGGUGGCCCUUGAAUCAGCACCUGUGGCCCAAUGCCAGACCCUCCUGGGUCUUAUCAAGGAUGAAAUGUGUCGCCACUUAUUUCAGCUACUCAGUGUAGAACGACUGAACCUGUAUGCUGCUUCCCUGCGAGUAUGCUUCCUACUGUUUGAGAGCAUGCGGGAGCACCUCAAGUUCCAAUUAGAGAUGUACAUCAAAAAGCUCAUGGAGAUCAUCACUGUGGAAAAUCCCAAGAUGCCUUAUGAGAUGAAGGAGAUGGCACUGGAGGCCAUUGUGCAGCUCUGGCGCAUCCCCAGUUUUGUCACAGAACUGUAUAUCAACUAUGAUUGUGACUACUACUGUUCCAACCUCUUUGAGGACCUCACUAAGCUGCUGUCCAAGAAUGCCUUCCCUGUGUCUGGUCAACUCUAUACAACACACCUACUAUCUCUUGAUGCCCUGUUGACAGUGAUUGACAGCACUGAGGCCCACUGUCAAGCCAAAGUCCUCAACAACCUCACCCAGCAAGAAAAAAAAGAGACAGCCAGAACCAGCUAUGAAGCAGUAGAUGGCACCCGAGAAGCUGUAGACAUUGAGAGAGCUCCCAGUGAUGGGAAAUCCAUAAGCCUGGCCCCAGAUGUCCCAGGCCUGCAUCUGUCAGCAGGAGGGAGACUACCAGCUGAACAUGGGAAGCUAGGAGGCAGUGAUCUAGAGGAAGCUGGUGAUUCUGGGCCUGACAAAAAAUUUACCCGGAAGCCACCUCGAUUUUCUUCUCUUCUGCCAGAUCCACGGGAACUAAUUGAAAUUAAAAACAAAAAGAAGCUGCUAAUAACUGGUACAGAGCAGUUCAACCAGAAACCAAAGAAGGGGAUACAGUUUCUACAGGAGAAGGGCCUCCUCACCAUCCCAAUGGAUAACACAGAGGUAGCCCAAUGGCUCAGAGAGAACCCUCGGCUGGACAAGAAAAUGAUUGGAGAAUUUGUGAGUGAUCGAAAAAACAUUGACCUGUUGGAGAGUUUUGUGAGCACCUUCAGCUUUCAGGGUCUGCGGCUCGAUGAAGCUCUCCGCCUCUACCUAGAAGCCUUCCGUUUGCCUGGGGAGGCACCAGUCAUCCACAGGUUGCUGGAGGCAUUCACUGAACAUUGGAGGAAUUGUAAUGGCUCCCCAUUUGCCAAUAGCGAUGCUUGCUUUGCCCUGGCCUAUGCUGUCAUCAUGCUGAACACUGAUCAGCACAACCACAAUGUUCGCAAACAAAAUGCACCCAUGACGCUGGAGGAGUUUCGAAAAAACCUAAAAGGUGUGAAUGGAGGCAAGGAUUUUGAGCAAGACAUCCUGGAGGACAUGUACCAUGCCAUUAAGAAUGAGGAAAUUGUGAUGCCUGAGGAACAGACUGGCUUAGUUCGUGAGAACUAUGUGUGGAAUGUGAUUCUUCAUCGUGGUGCCACCCCUGAGGGAAUAUUCCUCCGAGUGCCUCCUGGCAGCUAUGAUCUCGACCUCUUCACUAUGACUUGGGGCCCCACUAUUGCUGCUCUUUCUUAUGUCUUUGACAAAAGCCUUGAAGAGACAAUCAUCCAGAAAGCCAUCUCAGGCUUCAGGAAGUGUGCCAUGAUCUCCGCCCACUAUGGCCUCAGCGAUGUGUUUGACAAUCUCAUCAUCUCUCUGUGCAAAUUCACAGCUCUCAGCAGUGAGUCUAUUGAGAACUUACCCAGUGUAUUUGGAAGCAACCCUAAAGCCCACAUUGCAGCCAAGACAGUAUUCCAUUUGGCCCAUCGUCAUGGUGACAUCCUACGGGAGGGCUGGAAGAAUAUCAUGGAAGCCAUGCUGCAGCUCUUCCGAGCCCAGCUGCUGCCCAAGGCAAUGGUGGAGGUAGAAGAUUUUGUGGAUCCCAAUGGCAAGAUCUCUCUACAGCGAGAAGAAACACCAUCAAACCGAGGAGAGUCAACAGUACUGAGCUUUGUGAGCUGGCUAACGUUGAGUGGCCCCGAGCAGUCUAGUGUACGGGGCCCAUCCACUGAGAACCAAGAGGCUAAGAAAAUGGCCUUGGACUGUAUCAAGCAAUGUGACCCAGAAAAGAUGAUCACAGAGAGCAAGUUCCUCCAGCUGGAGUCCCUGCAGGAGCUCAUGAAGGCUCUAGUCUCAGUGACACCAGAUGAAGAAACAUAUGAUGAGGAAGACGCCGCUUUUUGUCUUGAGAUGCUGCUACGGAUUGUAUUGGAGAACAGGGACCGAGUGGGAUGUGUAUGGCAGACUGUUCGAGACCAUUUAUACCACCUCUGUGUCCAGGCACAAGAUUUCUGUUUCCUUGUGGACCGAGCAGUGGUAGGGCUGCUGCGCCUAGCCAUCCGGCUACUCCGUAGAGAAGAGAUCAGUGGUCAGGUGCUGCUCUCCCUGCGCAUCUUGUUGCUGAUGAAGCCUGGCGUGCUGUCCAGAGUUAGUCACCAAGUUGCAUAUGGGCUCCAUGAACUCCUUAAGACAAAUGCAGCUAACAUCCACUUGGGGGAUGACUGGGCCACCCUUUUCACACUACUGGAGUGUAUCGGCUCAGGUGUGAAGCCUCCAGCUGCUCUGCAGGCCACAGCUAGGACUGAUGCACCUGAUGCUGGAGCCCAGUCAGAUAGUGAGCUACCAUCUUAUCAUCAGAAUGAUGUGAGCCUAGACCGAGGCUACACUUCCGACUCAGAGGUCUACACUGAUCAUGGCAGGCCUGGCAAGAUGCAUCGAUCAGCCACAGAUGCUGAUGUGGUCAACAGUGGUUGGCUUGUGGUGGGAAAGGAUGACAUUGAUAACUCCAAGCCAGGACCAGGGUCCAGUCGGCCAGGCCCUUCACCCCUGGUGAAUCAGUAUAGCCUAACAGUGGGGCUGGACCUGGGGCCACAUGACACUAAGUCCCUACUUAAGUGUGUGGAAUCAUUGUCCUUCAUUGUUCGUGAUGCUGCUCACAUCACUCCUGACAACUUCGAGCUCUGCGUCAAGACUCUGCGUGUCUUUGUGGAGGCCAGUCUGAAUGGCGGGUGCAAAUCUCAGGAGAAACGCAGCAAGAGUCAUAAAUAUGACAGCAAAGGGAACCGCUUCAAGAAAAAGUCCAAGGAAGGCUCGAUGCUUCGUCGUCCUCGAACCUCCAACCAACAUCCCACACGGGGUGGGCACAGUGACGAUGAUGAAGAUGAAGGCGUGCCUGCCAGCUACCAUACGGUGUCUUUACAGGUCAGUCAGGACUUGCUAGACCUGAUGCACACCCUGCACACGCGGGCCGCCUCUAUCUAUAGCUCAUGGGCAGAAGAGCAGCGUCACUUGGAGACAGGUGGCCAGAAGAUCGAAGCCGAUUCGCGCACCCUCUGGGCCCAUUGCUGGUGCCCUUUACUACAGGGCAUUGCUUGCCUGUGCUGUGAUGCCCGGCGCCAGGUGCGGAUGCAGGCCCUGACCUAUCUGCAGCGAGCACUGCUGGUACAUGACCUGCAAAAGCUGGAUGCCCUAGAAUGGGAGUCCUGUUUUAACAAGGUGCUGUUUCCUCUAUUGACCAAGCUCUUAGAGAACAUCAGCCCAGCUGACGUGGGUGGGAUGGAGGAGACCCGGAUGAGGGCUUCCACGCUGCUCUCAAAGGUGUUCCUGCAGCACCUGUCUCCACUGCUGUCACUCUCCACCUUCGCUGCGCUCUGGCUCACCAUCCUAGACUUCAUGGACAAGUACAUGCACGCAGGUUCCAGUGAUUUACUGUCAGAGGCCAUCCCUGAGUCUCUGAAGAACAUGCUCCUUGUGAUGGACACGGCAGAGAUUUUCCACAGUGCAGACUCACGAGGAGGUGGUCCCUCUGCCCUCUGGGAGAUCACAUGGGAGCGCAUUGACUGCUUUCUUCCACACUUACGUGAUGAGCUCUUCAAGCAGACUGUCAUUCAAGACCCUGUGCCCAUGGAGCACCACAGCCCCAAACCCCUGGCCCCAGCUCACCUAACUCCUGCUGCUGGUGACCCCUGGACACAUGGCCAUCAGCCUCCCCCAGAAACACCCUCGGAGCUGGGGCCCUGCAACUUGGAGAAACCUGAGGGUCCCCGAGCCCCCAACAGCAGCUCCCCUGGAUCACCAAUGGCCUGUAGCCCCAGCAGGCCGAGUCCUACCCCAGAAGGGCCUCCCGCUCUGACCCAGCCCCCACUAAUUCUACAGCCCUUGGCCUCCCCACUACAGGUGGGUGUGCCACCCAUGUCUCUGCCCAUCAUCCUCAACCCUGCACUCAUUGAAGCAACGUCUCCAGUACCCCUCCUAGCCACGCCCCGCCCCACAGAGCCCAUACCCACCUCUGAAGUCAACUAAAGUGGGGCCCUUAGAGAUCAGGACCAGUACUUCCCAUCAGGCUAUUCCAGGCCCCAUUCCAGCUGUCCCAGAGGUCACCAACUCUUCUGGCCCAAUCCGAGCUGCUGUUGCUGCCAUUUGGAUGGGGGAUAAAAAGAACGCUUCUAUCCCCUACUGGGCCCUCUUUCUCCUCUGCUCUCCGUAUCUGAGGGUCCAACCUGAGCACUCACUCGGGUAUCAUCUGUAGCCUCUGCCUGCAGCCUGGCAGCUCAGGGAGGCACUGCUGUAUCAACCCUGUAGUGCCUGCCACGUGCCCCUCCUGCCAGGUCGGGCAUUGAGAGCCAAGCCCAACCACUCUGCACUUUGUUUCCCUCUUCCCAUCUCGUUCCCAUCUGUCCUGGGCUGCCACCUCCAAUUCUUCCUCUUUUACUAAAUAGUUGGUAAGUUUGGAGAAAUGCUUGGCACCACAGAGGGUGGACGGGUGGGGCUGAAUAGGGGGACUGCCCACAGGAGCAUGUAUAUAUGGAAAACAAUAAUAGACUUUUUAUGAUGUAAUAAAUGUCUUAGUACCAAUA